CACCAUCUCCCUCAAUAAUGGCCAAGGGCGAAGAAUCCACAUCCACAACCACACAGAAACAGAAGAAACGCAUCGAAGACGACCCUUUGCCUCCAGAUGCGGGCACAAAACCAAUCCAGCUGCAAAGGAGACGAGUAUGGCGAGCUUGCGAGAGCUGUCGCCGAAAGAAGAUCAAAUGCGAUGGUGUCGAACCCACUUGUGCACAGUGCACAGCGUCAGGGUCCCAGUGCACCUGGCUCCAAACUAAAGAUAGGGCUGCCCUCAGUCGACACUAUGUCCAAGAGCUCGAAGCCCGCUUACUCCACAUGGAAGCACUCUUCCAGCAAAUUGCACCAGCUCUGACGGCUGCCGGACACACCGUUGAUCUCAAUGGGGCGACCGUCUCUUUGCCUGCUACCCUGCCUGCCCCAUCUAAACCUGAAACGAGUACUGCGAACAACAACUCUGCCCCCUCACCUUCGAACACCGAUCCCGAUGCCUCCUCCAUCGUCGAUGACGACUUCAGCGAAUCUUUCGGCCAACUUGCUUUGGAUGAAUAUGGCCAUAUGCGCUGGAUUGGAGGCUCAUCAACGAUGUCGCUUAUCCAGUCAUUCAAAGCUCUUACGACUGAUUCCAAUCAACGAAUAUCACCAAUGGAGGAGGAUCCUCAAGCUCCAGGCCCAAGCGUGAACAAGCUCUACUUCCCUGCAGCCGUUUUCUUCGGAAAGGUCCGCGCCUUACCUGGCCCUGAAGAGGUCGAGUAUCCUCCACGCGAUCUUGCGGACAAGAUGGUUGAAGCGUAUUUUGCAAGACUCCAUUACUUAAUGCCCGUCAUUGACAAACCGUCUUUCUUGACGAAGUACAAGCAAUUGAUGGACAAUCAAGCCAAUGUAAAUGCGAUCCGAAAGGAAACCCCAUUCCUUUCACUAGUUUUCGCGGUGUUUGCAUGUGCGGCGAAUCUGGUGUCUGACCCCCGUUUGGCGGCGUCAGGACGGCAGGAUGACGGUGGGAUGGGUAUGGUGUAUUAUGAACGCGCCCUCAUUUUGCAAUACAUCAGCCACGCCAACAUGCAAAUUGCCCAUGUGCAAUGCUCAAUUCUACUUUCCUCCUUCCUAUGCUCUAUCAAUUGCCUUCCCCAAGCGUGGAUACUGAUUGGGCAGGCCGUUCGCACAGGUCAAGAUCUGGGGUUGCAUAGGUCUCCUCGGCGAUUGAAUAUAUCGAACAUUGACAAGGAGACGCGGAAGAAGAUCUGGUGGGGCGUCUACACCCUGGAUCGAAUGCUCGCGCUUGCUUUGGGGCGGCCUCUUGGUAUCCAUGAUGCCGAUUGCGACGUUGAGUUGCCGGCUGAUGUGGAUGACGAGCAUUUGGCGGAGUACUACAAAGGAACCCAACUUCCUCAGCCCUCGCUCAUGGCAGGCUUCAUCUUCAUGAUCAAGCUCUACGAGAUCGGUGGCCGCAUGCUCAGGCAGGUUUACGCUUUGGACGUGUGCCGAGAAUAUCUGGAACCAGAAAAGAAGGCGGAGUUACAGCGCACAGUGGAGAGUUUGGAUAACGAACUCACCAAGUGGUGCAACGACCUUCCUGCAGUCUACAAGACGCAACCUCAGAAAGACGAGCAGGCUUCGAUCGGCAUCGUCCUCUGCAGUCAUUAUUACUCCCUGGUAACAACGCUGCACCGAAAUUUCUUGCCUGUGAAGCGGGAUGAAACAAUCACGGCAAAAUCGACGCUGAAAGCUGUCUCGACCGCUCGGCAUUGCAUCAAACUGGCACCAUCUUUCCAGACGCUCGUUCCACCCUCGCACCACCUGGCAUUCUUCAUUCAGAAUCUGUUCAGCUCAGCAGUCAUUGUCCUCCUCUUCUCCAUGCACACACCUGACGUCCGCGGAAGCCAGAUGACCAUGGAGGAGGCGCGAAGCACGAUUGCAGCCGUGGAAUCUUGGGAAGGACAGUGGCCCGGGGCGCGCAAAUGCAAAGAGCUAUUGAUUGAGCUCAUCAAUACCGCUUCUGAAGCCAUGAACAAGGGGCAGCAAGAGAUGAACUCGUCCAAUGCCACUCCUACAUCACCUACCUCAAGGCAUGAAAGAAGACGCUCCGUUACCAUUGGUGGUACGACGACGAGCUCGAUUCCAUCCAGCGGGAGGGUACACAAAUCGCGAACGAGGCGCAAUCAAUCGAGGGAUCCUGGCACGACAUCGUCUCGCAGGAUGGCUGCCGUUUCACCGUAUCGCGUUGACAGUGCUCAACGUGCCCGUUCUACUUCCCGGAGAAGGCAUUAUGACGAGGAUGGAGAACGAGCGCCUAACCCAAUAUAUCAAUCGUUCCCAAGCCCCGUGCAAGCUGGCUCUAGCCCACAUAGUUCCCCGGGUUCUGUCAAUCUUCCUUCACCUGCAAUGACCGUCCUUGAAAAUCCACCGCAACAACCGCCCCAGCCACAACCGGCGCCUCAACAAGCGCAACCUGAGCCGAGUCCGCAACUCUCCAAUUAUACUAACUUCCAGUCACCGGUCUCACCGACUGCACCAUAUGAUUUUACGGUCCAGCCGAGCUCAUUGACCCAAUCUAACCUUCAACAGUGGAACGGUGGUAGUGGCGAUUUCGGAUCGGGCCCUCAGGACCCGACCCUCUUCAACAGUUCUUAUGGUGCAUAUACUUCCAUGGACGGUGGGUUUGGAGGCUAUGAUCCAUCCUCAGAUCUGACCAACCCUCUGUCUGCAUUAUCCACUACCCCUCCUUCGUCCGCGUUUGCAGCCUCCGGCCUACCCUUCAGCGGCCUGGAUUAUAUCAGGAACUUCAGAGCAGGGGGAUACUCCACGGACCAUGACGCGCUCUGGCAGAGUUACGACGCUGGCACCUUCGGCGCGUAUGAUCCCGAGCUCUCUUUUAACCUCGGCGCGGACAACACUAUCAUACCCGAUAGUAUUCACCGAUGA